CGGUGAAUUGAUUGAUCGACCGAUUCCUCCCCAACUCCGCUCGCCAAUCCACAGCUGGCCUCCAUUUCUUCCUCCUCCCCUUCGCCGAAUCCCCCACACCAAUCCGCCAUGGCUAGUGUUCUCGCCGUCCCCCUCCUGCUGUGCCUGCUCGCCUCCGCCUCCGCCGCCCGCUUCGCCCCGGCGGACAACCACCUCCUCGCCUGCGGCGCGACGGCACCGGCCGUGCUCCCCGACGGCCGACGCUUCGUCCCCGACUCCGGCUGCGCCUCCACGCGCCUCCGCUCCCCGGCACCUACCCUCCCGUCCGCGGCCUCCAGCGCGGCCCCGCAGCCGACCCCUCUCCACGCCGCCGCGCGGGUCUUCUCCUGCCGCGCGUCCUACGACCUCGCCGUCCGCCGCCGCGGGUACCACGUCCUGCGCCUCCACUUCUACCCCUUCGAGCCCGCGCUCGCGUCCGCGCGCUUCCACGUCGGCGCCGCCGGAUUCCUCCUCCUCCACAACUUCUCCGCGUCGGCCCCCGUCGUGAAGGAGUUCAUCCUACCCGUCCACUCCGACGUCCUCGUCCUCACCUUCGUCCCCGAGUCGGGCUCUAACGCCUUCGUCAACGCCAUCGAGCUCGUCUCGGCCCCCGAUGAGCUCGUCGGCGACAUCGGCACCCUCGUCACGAGCAGCGGCACUGACCAGACCAAUGGAUUGUCGUCUCAGGUCUAUGAGAUGCUCUAUCGGAUCAACGUCGCCGGCCGCAAGGUCACACCGUUCAACGACACGCUGUGGCGAACAUGGGUCAACGACGAGCGCUUCCUCGUCAGCACGGAAUCAUCCAACAGCGGGGUCUGGUCGUUCGGUGGCCGGAUUGCUUAUCCCAAGGGUAGCAGAUUGAUGACACGGGAGGUUGCUCCUGACAACGUGUACAACUCGGCGAGGUCAGUGAGCUCACAGGGCAAAGUGACAUGGGGAUUUCCCGUGCCUGCUUCCAGCAGGUACCUAGUGCGUAUGCACUUCUGUGACAUCGUGAGCAAGGCUCUAAAUGAGCUUUACUUUGAUAUCUAUGUCAAUGGUCAGCUAGCAGUAAAGGAUUUCGAUAUCUCUGGUGCCACUGGAUUCUUAGCCUAUCCAUAUUACAUCGACUUUGUUGUGGAUGUUGAGGAUGAAGGGGCCCUGAAAUUGGCCAUUGGUGGCUCGAAGAAUAGCCGAUCAGACGAAGUGAGCGGUAUUCUUAAUGCUGUAGAGAUAAUGAGGAUGAACAAAACAAAUGGUGGUAUUGAUGGGGAUUUUGCAGUUUCUCUGGGCAUGGAGUAUGUGGCUAGCAAGGGGAUCGGAGAAUUUACUCGCUCACUGCUGUGUGGUUUCAUUUUUGCGGGAUUGUUGUUGGUUUUGUUAAUGCUUGUGGUGAGGUUGAGGACUGAGCUGAGGAAUAAUGGUACAACUUGGUCUUGGCAGCCAAAUGAUUCUGGUGACGGGAAGCUGGCUAGAGCAUAUCAACUUGUGUCCGCUAAGACAGACUAUUGAACAUCAUGAGAUGAUAAUCUUUGAGGAGCUUUAAACUGUGGCUGUUGACCUAUUGUAUGUAAUGACAUAUUGCAUUACUUCAGUUGUAAGUAUUGUAGUUUUACACUUUUACUCCCUUAAUGGUAAGUUUUCGGUUAUUUGAGCUUGGCUAAUGGAGAAAACGGUCGUGGUGUUGUAUCUGGCUCAAGAUAUUUGUUUGUAUUAGUACUGCUUUUAAUAGCUCUAUCCAGUUUGUGAUGCUUGAAUGAAUAUGCCUGCAAUUUAUCUAGUUUA